CACCCCAUCGACACCCGACUAGAAAAAAAUGUCACAAACAGUGGCCAACAGUAGUAGUAGUACUGACUCGUCAUCGGCGGUAAAAAUCGUUGAGAAGAAGUACGAGUUUGCGGCGACCAAUCAAUUGGCAACCUUUUUGCUUAUCAAGUUUGACCAGUCGUUCCUGCUAUGGAUCGGCGAAUCGGCCGCCGCGGCCACCAACUCGUUGACCGAUCUAUCGCUAGCUAUUGGCGCCCAUUCGACACCAAUAGUAUCUACCGCUGGCGGCGGCGGCAGCGGUGGCGGCAGUGGUCCAGCCAUUCAACAGCUAAGUCCUGGAUUGGCCUCUAAGUUGAGCCGCAAAUACAAUAAGUCGCGACCAGUCUAUGUAUCGGUCAGUCAUCCGAUGUUAGCCGCGGCCAACAGUGGCGGCGGCGCCGCUGACGGCGGUAACGACUUUAUCAUUGAUGUCAACGCAAAGAUCAUUGACUUUUUGAAUGAAAAUCUUUGA